CGAGAAUAAUUCUCAUUCUCAUUUUUUCGUUUUUAUUUUAAUUCCAAAUUCGUACUGGCCAACCUCAACCUUACUGUUUUUUUUAAACUUGAUAACUGGCUAAGGAUUUUUAAGAUCAAUUUAGGAGAAUGAAUUCCGUUGUGCCUUCCACUCUCUCUGAGAUGAAACUUUCUCCCCCCGUGGAACCCGUACUCUCACAACCUGUUACUCCCCCUCCCACUAAACCGAUUCAACCUCCGCCUGUCCCCUUCAAACACAAGGAGACUUGCCAAUAUAAAGAGGACGCUCUCCUGACCAAAUUACAAGCUGUAUUUCUGACCCCCAAGGAUGUUGAAGAGCAGGAUGCCCAGUUCAAACGUCACCAAGGCCGAAAAUUGUCUCUCCGGCAUAUCCGUGACUCCAAGGAUAUCGCAAACGAUCCGGUCGUCCUCAACUACUUGAAGGAGCAGAAGGAACUAGUAACUAAGGACCGGGAGAAAUACUAUCACAUGUGUGAAUGCGAGUGGGAACAAGAACAGUCCAAUAAAUCGGAUGGCCCCCAAGACGACACCUCCGUCGAAUCGCUCAUUAAAGACAACCCUUUGGAAAUCAAUUUUAUUAACCAGACUAUGUAAUUUAACUCAAUUCAAAAAUGUACUUAUGUAACAACAAUUCGCUUA